CUUUGAAGGCUUUGAUCUUCCAACAUUAAAAAAACAAGAGUACGUGAACACAUGCAUAAAUCUACAUCUGGAUCCUUCUACUGACAUGGAGGCACAAAGAAACCAGGCACGUGCACCAUGGUGCCACACAGCAUCUCAGUAUUGUUCUAUAAAGAGCAGUCCUGCUGAAGUGCAGCUGCAAGUCACUGUGAAGAGUCUCAGGGAAGCUCUCUGCAAUGCGAUAUCCGAGAUGAAGUCUCUCCAGAACGAAAACGAGACUUUGAUACAACAAGUGAACCUCCUGAAGUCUGAGCAGAGGCAUACGGGGAGCCAGCACAAAGAAGAGCUCAAACGCAAAGAUAAGCAGAUAAAGCGAGGGCGCAAGAAAAGGAUUGUUUGGACCAAAACAAAUUGGCACCGACUGACCCUGCUCGCUAAAGCCAAAAAAAAAAUGAAGACCACUAAAGGACAGUGGCGUUCAAAGUUUCAGUUGCUUGAGGCAAACCUGCACCAGGAGUUUGAAAAGAAGGUUAAUCCGCUGGAGAGGGAUCGCCAGCUUCCUAUGGAAAGCUGGAUCAUGGGGGAGGAAGAGUGGAAGGAGAGAGAAAGGACAAAAGAGCACAUCUCCCUCUUGACCGACCAGCUUCAGACUCUCGCCAUGAACACAGGAGUGCAGUGUUGAAACAAAGCAGGAGGAUGACAUCAUUGAACAAGGACUUGGCAACAGGACUGAGAAAGACCAGGCUGGCAACAUCAUUCACAACAGACAUGACGAGCUUCAAUCUGAACAUGGCAGCAAGCCACAAGAGGUGGAAAAGACAGAAUGACAAGAAGGCAAAUUGGCCGAGGAGGAAGAAAAAGAACCAUUAGUUGGCUAAAAACAUCCAUCCUCCACCCCUCUUUCCCUCCCUUACCCUUUACCCCUACCCUUUGUCCUAGUUUUACCAUUUUCUUUUUCUGUAUAAAAUGUAUAAAAUAUAUAAUAUAUCCAUUUCAAUAAGGAAAAAAUGAACAUGUUCAAGAAAAAUGAAAACCAACAAAACACAAA